AUGCACUGCUCAGCGAUGGCCCGUGGAGUUGUGAUCCUCCUGUGUGGCUGGGCCCUGGCUUCCUGUCAUGGGUCUAACCUGGAUGUGGAGAAGCCUGUCGUGUUCAGAGAGGAUGCAGCCAGCUUCGGACAGACUGUGGUGCAGUUUGGUAGAUCUCGACUCGUGGUGGGAGCCCCUCUGGAGGUGGUGGCAGUCAACCAAACAGGACAGUUGUAUGACUGUGAGCCUGCCACUGGCAUGUGCCAGCCCAUCUUACUGCACAUUCCCCUAGAGGCAGUGAACAUGUCCCUGGGCCUGUCUCUGGUGGCUGACACCAAUAACUCCCAGUUGCUGGCUUGUGGUCCAACUGCACAGAGAGCUUGUGCAAAGAAUAUGUAUGCAAAAGGUUCCUGCCUCCUUCUGGGCUCCAGCUUGCAGUUCAUCCAGGCAGUCCCUGCUACCAUGCCAGAGUGUCCAAGACAAGAGAUGGACAUUGCUUUCCUGAUUGAUGGCUCCGGCAGCAUUGAUCAAAGUGACUUUACCCAGAUGAAGUACUUCGUCAAAGCUUUGAUGGGCCAGUUGGCGAGCACCAGCACCUUGUUCUCCCUGAUGCAAUACUCAAACAUCUUUAAGACUCAUUUUACCUUCACGGAAUUCAAGAGCAGCCUGAGCCCUCAGAGCCUGGUGGAUGCCAUCGUCCAGCUCCAAGGCCUGACGUACACAGCCUCGGGCAUCCAGAAAGUGGUAGACAGCAACAUGCUCCUUUUUCUACGUAUCUGGUCAGCACUGAAGCCAGGUUGUCACUACAAAACUCACAUGCCAUGGUGGGUCUGGCAGAGGGUAUGGUUCUCCUGGAAAGAGCUAUUUCAUAGCAAGAAUGGGGCCCGAAAAAGUGCCAAGAAGAUACUAAUUGUCAUCACAGAUGGGCAGAAAUUCAGAGACCCCCUGGAGUAUAGACAGGUCAUCCCUGAAGCAGAGAAAGCUGGGAUCAUUCGCUAUGCUAUAGGGGUGGGAGAUGCCUUCCGGGAACCCACUGCCCUACAGGAGCUGAACACCAUUGGCUCAGCUCCCUCGCAGGACCACGUGUUUAAGGUGGGCAACUUUGUGGCACUUCGCAGCAUCCAGGGGCAAAUUCAGGAGAAAAUCUUUGCCAUUGAAGGAACCGAAUCAAGGUCAAGUAGUUCCUUUCAGCACGAGAUGUCACAAGAAGGUUUCAGCUCAGCUCUCUCAAUGGAUGGACCAGUUCUGGGGGCUGUGGGAAGCUUCAGCUGGUCUGGAGGUGCCUUCUUGUACCCCUCAAAUAUGAGACCCACCUUCAUCAGCGUGUCUCAGGAGAACGAGGACAUGAGGGACGCUUACAUGGGUUACUCCACUGCACUGGCCUUUUGGAAGGGGGUCCACAGCCUGAUCCUGGGGGCCCCUCGCCACCAGCACACGGGGAAGGUUGUCAUCUUUACCCAGGAAUCCAGGCACUGGAGGCCCAAGUCUGAAGUCAGAGGGACACAGAUCGGCUCCUACUUUGGUGCAUCUCUCUGCUCUGUGGACAUGGAUAGAGAUGGCAGCACUGACCUGAUCCUGAUCGGAGCCCCCCAUUACUAUGAGCACACCCGAGGGGGGCAGGUGUCAGUGUGCCCCAUGCCCGGUGUGAGGAGCAGGUGGCAUUGUGGAACCACCCUCCAUGGGGAGCAGGGCCAUCCUUGGGGCCGCUUUGGGGCGGCUCUGACAGUGCUAGGGGACGUGAAUGGGGACAGUCUGGCGGAUGUGGCUAUUGGUGCACCCGGAGAGGAGGAGAACAGAGGUGCUGUCUACAUAUUUCAUGGAGCCUCAAGACAGGACAUCGCUCCCUCGCCCAGCCAGCGGGUCACUGGCUCCCAGCUCUCCCUGAGGCUCCGAUAUUUUGGGCAGUCAUUAAGUGGGGGUCAGGACCUUACACAGGAUGGCCUGGUGGACCUGGCCGUGGGAGCCCAGGGGCACGUGCUGCUGCUUAGGAGUCUGCCUUUGCUGAAAGUGGGGAUCUCCAUUAGAUUUGCCCCCUCAGAGGUGGCAAAGACUGUGUACCAGUGCUGGGGAAGGACUCCCACUGUCCUCGAAGCUGGAGAGGCCACCGUCUGUCUCACUGUCCGCAAAGGUUCACCUGACCUGUUAGGUGAUGUCCAAAGCUCUGUCAGGUAUGAUCUGGCGUUGGAUCCGGGCCGUCUGAUUUCUCGUGCCAUUUUUGAUGAGACGAAGAACUGCACUUUGACCCGAAGGAAGACUCUGGGGCUUGGUGAUCACUGCGAAACACUGAAGCUGCUUUUGCCAGACUGUGUGGAGGAUGCAGUGACCCCUAUCAUCCUGCGCCUUAACUUAUCCCUGGCAGGGGACUCUGCUCCAUCCACGAACCUUCGUCCUGCGCUGGCUGUGGGCUCACAAGACCAUGUAACAGCUUCUCUCCCGUUUGAGAAGAACUGUAGGCAGAAGCUCCUGUGUGAGGGGGACCUGGGCGUCAGCUUCAACUUCUCAGGCCUGCAGGUCUUGGUGGUGGGAAGCUCCCCAGAGCUCACUGUGACAGUAACAGUUUGGAAUGAGGGUGAGGACAGCUAUGGAACCUUAAUCAAGUUCUACUACCCAGCAGGGCUAUCUUACCGACGGGUGACAAGAGCCCAGCAACCUCAUCCGUACCCACUGCGCCUGGCAUGUGAGGUUGAGCCCACGGGCCAGGAGAGCCUGAGGAGCAGCAGCUGUAGCAUCAAUCACCCCAUCUUCCGAGAAGGUGCCAAGGCCACCUUCAUGAUCACAUUUGAUGUCUCCUACAAGGCCUUCCUGGGAGACAGGUUGCUUCUGAGGGCCAGCGCAAGCAGUGAGAAUAAUAAGCCUGAAACCAGCAAGACUGCCUUCCAGCUGGAGCUCCCGGUGAAGUACACGGUCUAUACCGUGAUCAGUAGGCAGGAAGAUUCUACCAAGCAUUUCAACUUCUCAUCUUCCCACGGGGAGAGACGGAAAGAGGCCGAACAUCGAUAUCGUGUGAACAACCUGAGUCCAUUGAAGCUGGCCAUCAGUGUUAACUUCUGGGUCCCCAUCCUUCUGAAUGGUGUGGCCGUGUGGGAUGUGACUCUGAGGAGCCCAGCACAGGGUGUCUCCUGUGUGUCACAGAGGGAACCUCCUCAACAUUCCGACUUUCUGACCCAGAUCCAAAGACGUUCUGUGCUGGACUGCGCCAUCGCCGACUGCCUGCACCUCCGCUGUGACAUCCCCUCCUUGGGCAUCCUGGAUGAGCUUGACUUCAUUCUGAAGGGUAACCUCAGCUUCGGCUGGAUCAGUCAGACAUUGCAGAAAAAGGUGUUGCUCCUGAGUGAGGCUGAAAUCACAUUCAACACAUCUGUGUAUUCUCAGAUGCCGGGACAGGAGGCAUUUCUGAGAGCCCAGGUGUCAACGAUGCUAGAAGAAUAUGUGGUCUAUGAGCCCGUCUUCCUCAUGGUGUUCAGCUCAGUGGGAGGUCUGCUGUUACUGGCUCUCAUCACUGUGGCACUGUACAAGCUUGGCUUCUUCAAACGUCAGUACAAAGAGAUGCUGGAUCUACCAUCUGCAGAUCCUGACCCAGCCAGCCAGGCAGAUUCCAACCAUGAGACUCCUCCACAUCUCCCGUCCUAG